AUGUCUCGCCGGAAAAACCCUAAGAAGAGAGAUCAUAGUUAUGCCGGAAAGUCAUCCUUGGCUCAAAAGCACUCUAUCUACCUCUUCAUGCAAGACACUACUCUUCCAAACCCUUUGGUUGUGAUAAGAGAAACAGAAAAAAGAAGGGCAACCAAACUUGAUGAACAUACUAUCAGGAAACAUGCCAUGCAGCUGUACGUGUUUCACAGUUUUCUCUCACAAAUUAAUAUUGUAUACAUGGUUUUAAAUCAUGAUCCAAAAUCGUAA